AUGGAGCUGGGGGCGCGGGUGCUGCGCGCGGCGGGCGGCUUCGGCCGGUCCCGGUGCCUGCUGGCCGCCGCCUCGUGGCUGCCGUGCGUGGCGCUGGGGUUGGCGCUGGGCUCGGAGCUGCUGCUCACCGCGCUGCCCGCGAAGCGCUGCGGGCCGGACCCCGCGCUCGCCCCCGGCCCCUGCCUGCCGCUGAGCUACCCCGAGCCCGCACCCUGCGUCCGCCCCAACGGCACGCGGUCCUGCACGCGCGGCUGGCACUACGCGCUGCCCGCCACCGGCCUGCUGCGCAGCCCGGUCACCCAGUGGAACCUCGUGUGUGAGGACGGCUGGAAGGUGCCACUGGAGCAGGUGGACCACCUCCUGGGCUGGUUGCUGGGCUGUGUCCUCCUGGGCCCAGGCUGUGACGGGUUUGGCCGCCAGGCUGUGUUUGUGGGCUCUCUGGUGCUGGCCACGGGCCUGGGGGCCAGCAAGGCCCUGGCCACUGGCUUUCCUGCCCUGCUGGUUUUGCGGCUGCUUCGUGGGGGGGCCUUAGCAGGGGCCUCCCUCGCCCUCCAUGUGGCUCGGGCUGAGCGCCCUGGCAACGGGACUCCUGCUGUUCUUUUGAGGGUUUCCAGCCCUGUUCCCCGAGUCUCCCUGCUGGCUGCUGACCACAGGGCAGCCGGCCCGAGCCAGGAAGAUCUUGUGGCGCUUUGUGGAAGCCAGCGGUGUGGACCCCAAGGACAGCUCGGAGAAGGAGAGCUCCCUGGCUAUGGAGCUGGACGUGCUGUGUGCAGGGAGCCCCCAGCCCCGGCACCGCUCGGCCCCGGAACUCCGGCAUACCCGCGUCGUCUGGUGACACGGACUCAUCCUGGGCUUCAGCUGAUCGGCGGGGGUAUCAGCGCCAGCUUCCUGCGCAACCUGGCCACGCGUGACCCCGCCUUCUAUUGGCCCUACUUCCUGGAGGCCAGCCUGGAGGCAGCGGCCACCGUCUUCCUGCUCCUGACAGCAGACCUCUGGGGGCGCCGCCCAGACCUGCUGCUGGGCACCUUGGUCCGCCUGGCAUCCCUGCUGCUCCUUGCAGGGGCCCAGUGCCUGCCUGGCUGGACAGUGCUGUCCGCCUCUGUCCUGGGGCUCCUGGCCUCCCAGGCGGUGUCCGCCCUCAGCAGCCUCUUUUCAGCCGAGGUCUUCCCCACCGUGAGCAGGAUGGGUGCCAGACUGGGCCUGGUGCUGGGAGCUGGAUUCCUGGGCCAGGCCGCCGCCCUGCUCACCGACACGCAUGGCCGGCACGGCUUCUUCCUGCAACACGUGGCCUUCACGUUCUCUGCCGUCCUCGCCCUGCCGUGCGUCCUGCUGCUGCCCGAGAGCCGCGGCCGUGCGCUGCCCCAGUCGCUGCAGGACGCCGACCGCCUGUGCCGCUCCCCGCGCCUCUGGGGCCGCCCCAGCCAGGACCACCUGCCCCUGCUGCCAGCCUCCCUCCCCAGGGCCGGGACACAGCUGGUCCAGGAGGGGUGA